UUUAUUGCUAUAAUAAUUUCAUUCUUAGACAAAGACUUAGAGCAUUAAGUACCAAAACACUAUAGUAACGUUGUGGAUAAGCGCCACAUUAGUUUUUAUGGAGUCUAGUUUGAAUCUAGCAUAAGUUUUUGUGUUUUUUAUUAUUACUAUAAUGUAAUUGCAAUUUAUAAUAUAAUGUAUAUGUCGCAUCCACUUUGUGUAAUCGUAAAUGGAUAUCCAUUUCAUGAACUUCGAUCAUAUCGUGUAGGUCGUUUUUAGGUUCAUGAAAUGGACAUUUAUUUUAUCUAUUUUGUGAAAUGGAAACCCGUAUUUUACACUUGAUGUAAUUUAUUUAAUUUUCACACGAAAUGGAUAACUUUUUAUGAAAUCGACAUUUCAUCGAAAUAUACAGAAUAUCAUUGUCGAGGAAAUUAUACUUAAUCUUUCUACAGUUUAUACUUAAAAGCUUAAUAUACCUAUGUCAAUUUAGUACUAUAUACCCGUAUCAACUGUAAUAAUCACGUUUGUAUAAACAUUAUCAGCUCAUAAACACGAUACAGCCCAGAUUAAGUUCUUCAUUGUAUGUAGGUAGUGUAAUUAAUUUUGGAUAAUGCACUAAAGCUAGUUAUGCCACUCUACCAGCUGCACGUUUCCUAUCACAACUAUACGAACCUCCGCCGUCCAGUACAAUAUUUCAUAUUCAUUAUUAUACAAAAUGAAUGCAUUUUCCGAGUUUUAUAAAAAACUAGAUGCAUACUACAUUGAAAAGCCAGGAAAAAAACCACCAACUAAAAAUGAAGUGGAAGUAAUAAUCAAUGAAAUUUUAGCAGCUAAAACGAAAAUUGGUAAAAAAUCUAGAAGAGAGUAUUAUCUAUUGAAGCAAUAUGAUGUAUUAUGCGUAACAGACAAAAAGUAUUUAGUUUUUAAAAAAACUGAAGGUGAUGAUAUCAAGUAUGUUGUACUUUACGAAGAAUUAUAUGAACGUAUUAACUUACAUUCUCACAUAGCAACAGGACAUGGUGGAAAUAUCAAAUUACGUGUAGCAAUGGGCAAUAAAUACAAAAUUCCAAGACCAGCAAUAGAAAAGUUUUUAUCAGUAUUUUUUAUGUGUAAUUCCAAGCAAGGAGCAAAUCGCAGGCUAGUCAUAAAACCAAUUAUUACCAAAGAUUUUAAUGAAAGGGCCCAAGUUGAUUUAGUAGAUUUUCAAUCAACACCUGAUGGUAAAUAUAAAUGGAUCAUGAAUUAUCAGGAUCACAGCACAAAGUUUUUACUGUUGCGUCCACUUGAAAGCAAAAAGGCUCUAGAAGUGGUAAGUAAAUUACUUGAUAUUUUUCUUACAUUUGGUGCCCCUAAAAUACUUCAAAGUGAUAAUGGACGUGAAUUUGUAAAUUGUGUUAUUCAUGAAUUAAAGGAUAUGUGGCCACAAUGUGUUAUAGUCCACGGUCGCCCUCGUCAUCCCCAAACUCAGGGAAGUGUCGAGAGAAGUAAUCAAGAUAUCGAAAAUAUGAUUCGUGCUUGGAUGAAAGACAAUCAAUCAAAAAAAAUGGUCCAUUGGAUUACAGUUUGUACAAUUUCAAAAAAAUUCCUCUUUUCACCGAAUUAUUGGACGCUCUCCGUAUAA